AUGGAGGCCGCAUCAGCUCGUGCUGCGGCCCGCGACCGCUGGGGCGAGAUGGGCAGUCCGACGCCAUCGCAACUGCAGCGCUUCAUUCAGGCCGCUUGCAGCCCAGAGAACUACGAGCCGAACCUCGCCUUGAACCUGGAGAUUUCCGAUCUGAUCAACUCCAAGAAGGGCUCCGCCCCGCGCGAGGCCGCCGUCGCCAUCGUCAGCUACAUCAACCACCGCAACCCCAACGUGGCCCUUCUGGCUCUCAACUUGCUUGACAUCUGUGUCAAGAAUUGUGGUUAUCCCUUUCACCUGCAGAUUAGCACCAAGGAGUUUCUCAAUGAGUUGGUUAGAAGGUUCCCCGAGCGACCGCCGAUACGGGCGACUAGAGUGCAGAUGAAGAUCCUGGAGGCCAUCGAGGAGUGGAGGAGUACGAUAUGCGAAACAAGCAGGUACAAAGAAGAUUUGGGUUUCAUUCGGGAUAUGCAUCGUCUUUUGAGUUACAAGGGUUACACCUUUCCCGAAGUCAGGCGGGACGACGCGGCGGUGUUGAAUCCUAGCGACAACCUGAAAUCAGCUGAAGAAAUGGAGGAAGAGGAGCGCGAAGCGCAAUCCGCCAAGCUGCAGGAGCUGAUCCGUAGAGGCACCCCGGAGGACUUGCAGGAGGCCAACCGGCUGAUGAAGAUAAUGGCUGGCUACGAUACUCGUUCCAAAACUGACUACCGCGCUAAGGCUGCCCAGGAGGUCGCGAAGAUUCAGGCCAAGGCACGUCUUCUGGAGGAGAGACUCGAAGCUUUCCAACAGGGCGAUACGAUGCAGGAUGGAGACGUGUUCUCUGAGCUCGCUGCAGCUUUGCAGAGUGCGCAGCCCAAGAUUCAAAAGAUGUGCGAAGAAGAGUCGGAUGAUCACGAAGCCGUCGCAAAACUCCUCGAGAUCAACGACAGUAUACACCGGACUGUCGAGCGGUACAAGCUUAUGAAGAAGGGCGACUUGGAGGCGGCGAAGAAGGUGGCCAGCGGCGCACCACUACCCACCACUUCAGGCUCUUCCAAGAGCGCAACGCAAGAGCUGUCCUUGAUCGACUUUGACGGAGAGGCGGACGCUGCCAAUGGCUCGUCUUCCGCACAGCCCGCGUCGCAGUCAACUGGUGUCGAGAACGAUCUCCUCGGGUUGUCUAUGGGCGACUCAACGAGUUAUGGUCAAGGAGGCGCUCUAACACUCGGCUUCGGGGCGAAUUCCAAACCAGAUGUCCCUGGGCCCGCGUUAUUGUCCAGUAUGACGGAGGCUAAUUCCGCAAAAGGACCCAUGAGCAAUUCAACGACACCCCAGCCGCCAGCCUUCUCCCAGUUUGCUUCUUUUACGUCCCCCUCUGCGUCCCAGUCUGGCACGCCUCAGCCGCCUGUAAUGUCUGCUUUCAAGCCGCCACAGCAAGCCGCGGCCACGUCCGAUCCCUUCGCUGCCCUUGGAUCUCCUUCGUUUCCCUCCAAACCCUCUACCCCUGCUCCAGCACCUCAACCCGCGCCGGCUAAUGACGAUGACGAAUGGGCUUUCUCGUCCGCACUCCCUCCCGACCAGCCUAGCCUUCCCAAGGAGCACAGAGCCACCAUCAGCGAGUCUACCGUAAAAAUUGAGAUGAUGGCUGGAAGAGUUGGGCCUGGCAACUCCCUCAACUUUAGCUUCGCCUUUUCCAACAGCUCUGCGCAGCCAGUGACCGAGCUUCACUUCCAACUCGCGGCGACAAGGGGAUACGAACUGCAACUUAAGCCCCAAACUGGGCGUGCACUAGAACCUAAACAGAGCAGAGGCGUGACGCAAGCUGCGGAGGUAUGGCAUGCUGGUGAUAAGAAUCGUAAAGUGCAGUCCAUCAAGCUGCGGUGGAGGGUGUCGUACAAAGUAGGCGCGGAGCAAAAGAACGAAAUGGGCGAGAUUCAAGAGUUCAGUAUCGCAUGA